AUGAUAAAAGCUUUCCUCAUUGACCAGGAUGAGUGGGACCUUUUCCUAGGAUGCAUAGCUGGGGCAUACCGUUCCUCUCCUAACGAGUCGACGAAACUUGCACCAAAUCUUAUGUGCUUUGGGCGCGAGGUGAGACUUCCAGCUGACCUUGUGUAUGGUGUUCGGGAAGAUGACAGCAUCCCGUCAUACAGAUCACACGUGGAAGCCAUUCAAGAGCACAUGUUCCGUGCACAUGAAGUAGCCAGAGCCUACCUGAAAGUCAGCGCAAAACGCAGCAAAGACCUGUAUGACACCAAAUUAGCAUUUGUGACUUACAAGCCUGGAGACCUAGUGUGGAUGCUACAUGAGACCAGAAAGAUCGGGGUUACCCCUAAACUCGAAAAGAAGUAUGAUGGUCCUUUUGUUGUUACCGAGAAGACAUCACCAGUAAACUUUGUCGUUCAGACUGAUCGCGAUGGGCGUACUGUGUUGAUACACCAUGAUAAGCUAAAACACUAUAACGGGUCAAAUGUACCAAGAUGGGCCAGUAAAGUGGUCAAAAAGAUUGUGAAUAAAUGCUAG